AUGGCUCCCCACAACGACUCAUCACCGGCUGGAAGCUUCACCAACGGCUUCAACAGAAUGGCCUUCCAACCUUCGGGAUCAUCCACUCUCACGGUAGAGGACUUGACAGCCGAGCUGGGCAGCUCAUACGACAGCAGCUCCAUGGACGCCCCCAUCUCCCACGUCAAGCGCCCCCUUGUUCCCGGCGUCUAUGUCCCAACCAUGUGCUUCUUCGAGAAAGAAACAGAAGAUGUCGAUACCGUCACCAUUGGUCACCAUGCGGUUCGCCUAGCUCGUGCCGGCGUUACAGGCUUGGCUACUCAGGGUUCAAACGGAGAAGCCGUUCACCUAACCCACUCUGAACGACAAGUCGUUACCGCAACCACCAGAAAAGCGCUCAACGACGCCGGAUUCUCCCAUAUGCCUAUCAUUGUUGGAUGUGGCGCUCAAAGCACCAGAGAGGCAAUCAUACUGUGCCGUCAAGCAUGGCAAGCUGGAGGAGACUACGCGCUUGUUCUCCCACCAUCAUACUACGCAGCUCUCUUCGCUCCUUCAUCUCGGACCAUCCUCGAGUUCUUCAACGCAGUUGCCGAUGCAUCGCCUAUCCCGAUCAUCAUUUACAACUACCCAGGUGCCGUCAAUGGCAUGGACAUGUCGUCAGAUAUCAUUGUCCAGCUUGCCCAGCACCCGAAUAUCGUUGGUGUGAAGCUCACCUGCGGCAACACGGGCAAGCUGAACCGUGUGGCAGCGGUUACUCGCAAGCUCUCAAAGAGAUACGAUCCCAAGAACCCCGACUUCUUGGUUCUAGCGGGGUCUGCCGACUUUUCUAUUCAGGCCUUGGCAGCAGGUGGACACGGAAUUCUCGCUGGCCUCGCUAACAUUGCCCCUAAAGCAUGCCUCAAGACCAUCGAGCUCUGGAACCAGGGAAAGCACACCGAGGCUCAGGAGAUGCAGGAAACUGUCUCGCAAGGCGAUUGGACUGCCAUCCAAGGCGGCGUUGUUGGAGUCAAGGCUGGAUUGGAAGAGUGGGCAGGUUAUGGUGGCUACUGCAGAAGCCCUCUUCCAAGACCUACUUCAGAGCAGUCCAAGAAAUGGAAAGAUGGAUUCAAGGACUUGAUCAUGCUUGAGAAGUCUCUCUAA